GUGUCCCGCUGUAGGACAGUGUGUGUGAACUCGGGAGGGGAAGCGCUGUUAAAACUCCCAAGAUUUACACUCUGCCAUUUUGAGGAAAACCGGCCGACAUAAAGAGUACAGACAAACAUACGCGUCCAGGUCAUGGCCUGAAUACGAGAAGAAACGCUGUGAAAUAGGAGAAGGCCUCAGGGGGACAUUCAUCCCAACAAAGGAGGAAUUGUUGAUUUGAACAGGUCAUCAGUCCUCUACAGGCAUGUGUUCCACAAAUCACUCAAACUGGGUCACAUUUGAAGAUGACACCACACCACUCUCAUCCCCUCAGAAGCCCCAACAGUCACCGGAGCAUAUCAAAGCAGCAUUACCACGUCCCAAUGGGUUGAAAUUAGUUCUUCCUCCAAUCAGAGACACUUCCUGGAGCUUCAAUAGUUCUCUCGAAUCCCCUCAAAGCCACUCAAGUCUUAGUGGAAGUUCCUGUGUACCAUGUAACACACCAUUUUGCACUCCCGUGAGUGGGGUUCCUAGCGGUGCCUCCCCAUUUCACUCCAACACGUGGGAAAAGAACGACUUUUUUCGCAGUCUCUCGAGUACAUCUACCAUCUCUGCUCCCUCUCCUGCGCCAGAGGCCUUGCACCAAACCUCAGACGGACCAAGCCCCUUCCCUUCUUUCCAGGGAAACUCAGGACACUAUAACCCCUUCUGGGAUGGAUCUAGACACAGUGCAGAUGUCGACAGCUCCUCCUCAGACUCAGAAUCGGAAUCCCAGAGCAGCCUACCGCGUUUCUUCAUUCGGACCAAAGACGGCAGUGAGCCUCCACGUGACCAUCUCCAAAACUCUCUCUCCUACGUUUGCCACAAACUGGAAGGGCUAAAAGCAACGGAAGCAGAGACGGAAAAUGGCGGCGGGAGACGGCUAAGAUGCAAAAGUGAGGUGUUAAGCGAGGAUUCAUCUCAGUUUGUUCCCCGAGGGCUAUUUCGUAGCAAAAAGCGAGACGGCUGGUCUGUCUUGCUCCGGAUUCCGGAGAAAAAGAACCGCAUGUCCUCGCGACAGUGGGGGCCGAUCUACCUCCGCCUGUUGCCGGGAGGCGUGCUGCAGAUGUUCUACGAGAAAGGGCUGGAGAAGCCGUUCAAGGAGUUCCAGCUUCUCCCCCAAUGCAGGCUCUCAGAUCUUAAACUGGAAAGCUACGGCGAGCCCCGCAAAGUCCUCUCUGUCAAAGUGGAACAUUACUCGUACACAGAAAAGAAACGGUACCACCCCAAGCUGGAGGUUAGCCAUGAGGCGGAGGCAGAAGAGCUGCUGAAGUUUGGCUCCACAGCCCACGAAGACAUGGAGGACCUGGUCGUCUCCAUGGAGGAGGAAAUCUUUAAGUUGUGUUUGCACCACCAGCAGAGGCGGCACUACGAGGAGCAGGAGCUGUCGCUGCAGAUCACCGAUCAUAUCUGGGUACAACUAGAUAAGUUCGGCGAAGUCAUCGAGCGGACAGCCUUCACCCAGAUUCACUGUCUCUCUUUCCUCAACGGACUAGGGGAUUGUUUUCUCGCCCUGAACGAUCUCGGCCUGCUGCGCUUUGACUCCAGCUACGGGUCAGAGGAGGACGGCGAAGUGUGGAUGGAGAUCGCAGAUAGCCAUUUCCACAAAUGUGUGAAUGAGACAGAGUUUCAAAGGUCCCGGCUGGUAAAGUUUGCACCUCCCGAGGCCUGCAGGGUGGAGCUGAUGCGGUAUAAGACGGAGAUCCUGGGUUGCACAGAAAUUCCCUUCUCGGUCAAGGCCGUUGUCACAGUUCAAGGCGCCUACGUGGAGCUCCAGGCCUUUCUUAACAUGACAUCCACCUUCCCCUCCUUGGGGAGUGUGUCUGACACAAACCCUCUGUGUGAGAAUGUAGUGAUCCGUGUUCCGGUGCCAGGCGAAUGGGUCAAAGUCACGCAGACAGCGGCCUUGUUGCGGCAGAGGUCGCUGAAGUCCCGCAUGAACAGAAAUGCCUGCUUGGGUGCUGUCGGCGCUGCAGAUUCUCAGCCUGUCAUGCAGGUGACAAUCGGCACAGUCAAGUAUGAGAAUGUAUAUUCAGCCGUCGUGUGGAGGAUCGACCGACUGCCAUCAAAGAAUACGGCAGUGGAUCAUCCCCAUUCAUUUUCCUGCAAGCUAGAGCUGGGAUCUGAUCAGGAGAUCCCGAGUGACUGGUACCCUUUUGUCACGAUGGAAUGUGAAAUUAUGGGCGCAGUUGUGUCUGGAACCACGGUGAAGUCGCUGGGCACUGCCAACGACAUCCAGCCGCAGAAAAAUGUGACCAGUUGGACGCGCUAUCAUUGUCAGGUGGAGGUUGAGAAGAAAUUGAUUGAAACAGAGUCACAGAAGCAAUCCGGGUGUAUGACACAAUGAAUAUCAAAGACUCUCUGAAGACGAUGUUACCCCUUUGCUCUAAGAUAUUUGCCCAAUGGUGAAAAAGGGAUGACAACAAAAUGAUCAAAAGUAACGGUGAUGAGUGACUUUCUGCUUACAUCCGGUGUCAAAUUCAUAUAAAUACACAUAGCCUGCUAGUAUUUCUGAUGGAGCUUAACCGAUUAUGUAUCCUUCCAUUUAAGAUGGUCCUUUUGCAUAGCACUUUACAUUUAAUAGUUUUAUUAACUGUAUGACCACAGUUUAUAUGAGUACUGUAUAUAAGCUUGCAUUUGCAUCAUCUGCACUGCCCUCCAGAAUGAUUGGCAGCCUUAUUAAAUGUAGAUGCAAUGGGCUGCAUGAGAUAAACAACUAAGUAAUGAGCAAUAUUCACUGAAUUUGAGAAAAGGUAUGAAUCAGCAGGUGUUUAAAAUCAGCCCUUUUUGUUUGGCAAUGCUUAAAGGCAAUAUGUAGGUAACUCCUUGCUUCGCCUUAAGAUUCAGAACAAAUUUGACAUUUGAAAAAGGACAAUAGUGUUGUAAUUAUAGUUGGACAAUUGCAUUAGUUCGAAGGGGGGGUCACAUUAUGCUGAGCCCUGCAGAUCAGCACUUGUGUAAAGGGACUUAAUCAUAAUUAUUAGCAAUUUAGUUGAACUCACUCAGGCCCAAUGCCAAUUGGCAGCCAUGCUCGGCAGUAAAACUAUAAUUAAAGCUCCAAAGCUACAUUAGACAAGCACAGCAUUAUAUAAUUAUUCUCACAAGUGCACACGCCUAAGAGUUAAACACAUGAUUUCAUAUUUGAAGGGUAAUUGCAAAAUACAGACAAAGUGCGUUUACAAAGUGAAACCGGUUUGUUUUUAACUAACCUACAUUUACUGUGCACAAAUGUGUUGACAAAGAUACAACUCAUUACUUGCGUUGCUUACCUCAGGCUGAUCGUUGACUAUACUAAGAUUGUAUUCUGGAGGAAUGUAUUUUAUUUAAACAAAUCAAAUCUUUAUUAUGUGAUCUUUCUGCCUCUGGGUUGUGAGUAGGCUGGAUACAAAAGAAUAGUGCAGCUUCAGAGUGAGCUAACAGGCCUUCAGUGAUGACUUUUCUGUAUGAGGUACCUGGCUUAAGCUGGAUGUUAUGUACAUCAAGAGUAAACAUUUUGAUUAAAGCUGAAUGACUCGU